AUGAUUCGUGUUUUGUUUUUGUUUAGUCGAGAUUUUUAUAAAAUUUUAAAUCUACCAAGAACAGCAACAUUAAAUCAAAUAAAAAAAUCUUAUCGAAAAUUAGCAAAAGAAUUCCAUCCUGAUAAGAAUAAAAAUGAUCCAAAAGCACAAGAAAAAUUUCAAGAUUUAGGUGCUGCUUAUGAAACAUUGUCUGAUACUGAUAAACGUAAAGUUUAUGAUAAACAUGGUGAAGAAGGUUUAAAACAACAAGGUGGUGGUGAUGGAUUUCAUGAUCCAUUUUCCAGUUUUUUUGGAGAUUUUUUUCCUUUUGGUGGAGGAUCAAGAGAUGAUGGGCAACAUCAUGUACCACGUGGUGGAGAUUUAGUUAUGAAUUUAUAUGUAACACUUGAAGAAGUUUAUAAUGGAAAUUUUAUUGAAGUUGUUCGAGCUAAACCAGUUGCAAAACAAACGUCAGGUUCAAGAAAAUGUAAUUGUCGAAUGGAAAUGCGAACAACGCAAAUGAGUCCUGGAAGAUUUCAAAUGAUGCAAGAACAAAUAUGUGAUGAAUGUCCAAAUAUCAAAUUUGUUACUGAAGAAAAAGUCUUAGAAAUUGAAGUUGAAGUUGGUGUAACCGAUGGAUAUGAAAUACCAUUUCUUGCUGAAGGAGAACCGCAUAUGGAAGGUGAACCAGGAGAUCUGAAAUUUAUUAUUCGUAUUCAAAAGCAUCCUGUUUUCGAACGUAAAAAAAAUGAUCUUUAUACAAAUUUAACAAUUACACUUCAAGAUGCAUUGAAUGGAUUUAAUAUGUCAAUAACACAUCUCGAUGGUCACAAAGUAACAAUUAAACGUGAAAAAAUUUCAUGGCCCGGUGCUCGUAUUAAGAAAAAAGGUGAGGGUUUAUCACAACAUGAUCAAAAUAAUAUAAUUGGUGAUCUUUAUGUGACUAUUGAUGUUGCUUUUCCAAAAACUGAACUUAAUGAUGAACAACGUGAAAUUAUUAAAACUUUAUUAAAUCAACAAUCAAAACAUCAAUUAUAUAAUGGUUUAUAA